UGUCUCAAUUCAGGGUCUGCAUCCUACCUCGGCCGGAUUCGUCGGCCGGUUACGUCACAGCGCCGCGACUAGGCCUGUCCCAAUUCGAAGACUCCUUCAAAUGCGGUCGACGAAUGCGGCCUUCUUUUCGCCUGAAUGAAGGAUGGGUCGGGUGUAUCCUUCAAUAGGUAGCAUUUCCCAAGAUGCCUUGCGGGCCGGCCGGCAGAAAACUUUUACAACAAUGGCGGACAGUGAAGCGGGAGCUGUUGGAGAAGAUAGCACGUAUAAAUGGACUAAAGACAAAACACAAGAAUUCAUACAGCUUAGAGCGGAGAUGGACCACAUGUUCACCGGAGCAAAGCAUUCGGCGUCUGUGGCAUGGAGGAGUAUUCUGGAGAAAAUGUCCAUCCAGGGGAAGGUGACCCCCAUCCAGGCCAAAAAAAAAUGGGAUAAUUUAAAGAAAAAAUAUAAAGUAUGUAGAUGUGUGUGGAAAAAUAUAACAUGAAUACAUGCUAAAUCUAAAAAGUUUAAACAGGUUUGUUGGUAUUUGUGUAAAAUGACAUAAUUUUAUUUUUUUACCUAGGAUUGCAAGUAUCCAGGGUCAGGAGAGGGGGUUAGUGGGAAGCCCACUGCUGCUACUUGGCCCUGGUUUGACCUCAUGGAUGAGUUAUUAGGACAGAGACCCUCUAUCAGUCCGCCUGUCCUAAUUGCCUCUAUCCGUGAGGACACUCCAGGGCCAAGUACAGCAGUGGAGGAAAGGGAGGAGAGUGAGGAUGAAGAUGGUCAGCCAGGAGGAAGUCAGCAGGGUGCAAGAAAAA